UUUUUUUUUAAAUUAACUUCAAUUAACAUCACAAGAUGUCACGUUUAAUUUUUGACGGAUUCGUAAAAAAAUUAAUAUGGGUGAAUGCAAUGUGUUAUGUUGUAAAAAAGAUCGAAGAAGAGGACCGUGUAAUGAGGUUAGGUUUAUUGAAUUUUUUUUAUCGUUAUUAUGCUUAAUUUCUGCGUUAGUUGCGUCAAAUCAAGGUCACCUUAACACCAAAUCCUCGAUCCAUUGGGUGUUCGCCCCUUUAUACGGAAUCCCAAUAACUUAUUUAUUCAUUACGUUCGUCGAUAUAAUCGUCACUUGGACAUAUUUUCCAAUCGGUUGGAGAGCUUGGAUUUUAUUUUCAGUUGGUGGAGGGCUUUUAUUCCUUUUUUGUUGUGGGAUAUCACCUUUAAUACAAUCGCAUCUUUUCUUUUUGUACACUUUGUUGUAUAUAAUCACCGGUUUUGUGUUUUUAAUGGAUGGAUUAUGUAUUGUUUGCAUGAUUCGCUCUUUAAAGCUUGGCACUGACCAAAGUCAGCAUCAACCUUGCUGCAACACAGCUUGUGGGCAUAAAGCGACUCAAAUCGCACCGGAAAUUAAUAGUGUUGAUUCAAUAUCUCAAACUGACCCGAAUUUACAACGAAAAGGUCCACCAAUUGGGGAUUAUAAUGAGUAUCCGAGUACUCAAAAACGAAGAAAUGACCCAUAUCAAGAUAGGGAACCUCAAAAUAUGAAGGGGGAUUAUGGACGAGUUAAGCAAGAAAGCGGUGGAAAUGAAGAGAAAAAAGAUAUUGUUGAGAAAAUUAAUGAUUCAAAAACAGUUUCUGCUAUUCAGAAGACAAUGUGGGCUUCGAGGAAGUUAAAACCAGUCGAUAUGACUCCUUUACAUAACCCAUUCUUAGCUCAGAGUCAAAUAAAUAAAUAAUUUAUAAAAAGAAUUUAG